GUCAUGUUAAAGUUGCUGUGGAUCGCCACAGAUGCUUUAUCACUCUAAUUGCUCUGAUAUGAUGUAUAAGGUUUGGUAUUUUUUGUGAUGAUUACAUAGCAGAUGUCUGGCAAAUAGGGAGGGCCCUCUUGGUUCUUGGCCCAGUGAAAAUCACAGGAGUCCUUGUUUUGUUCUUGCUACUCAGCAACCCUACUUAUCCAAUGGUACCUUUACUCACAGACAACCUCAGACACAUCAGGUACUCUGUAAUUACCACCUAAGCAGUCUCAGAGUGGUAGCAGAAUGUGCAUUUUAUCAGAUGAAAGGGACAAGAAAAGCCUUUGCUGUCAAGCUUGAGAUCAGCCUCUGGUUCCUCAACAAGAAUCUCCUUCCUUGCUGUGUCCUGCAGACACUGACAGCAAGGGAAGCAUAUGGCUGCAAAUGAUGAGAAAAAAGCCAAGGGAGAACUAUGGCCAUCCAGGCUUACUGCAGUGUGUCCACUUGCAGCAAAGAAUAAUCACAAGGGACAUGCUGAUGGUCUGUUCUGUACAGAGUGAGUCGUUGCUUCUUGCUGUGAAAUUGUGUUCUGCUGAUUGACAUCACCGAGCAGAUUUCUUGUUCCUUGUUCUGGCCUUCCUAUGCUUAUCUCAUCCAUGUCAUCAGAACUCUUUGUGAUUUAUAAAUCAUAUAGAGAAGUCUUCAUUCUCUUGGUCCUAGCCCUUGGCCUGACUUUCAGCCAAAAUGACUGCAGACAGGUUAACAGUGCUGAACAAAACUUGUCUCUAAGGAUGUGGCACUAUUUACAGUCUUACCUAAAUGUGGGGAACUUUAGGGGUAGGAAGCAGCUCAGUCUGUGAUCCACUCCUCUGUGCCUGAAAGCGACUUUACCAUGACAAGCAUCUGACCACCAGCUAAAAGGGCUGUCUUUGAAAUCUGCAUUGUCUCCAGAGUAGUCUAACUGGCUGAAACAAAAUCUGUCACUUCUUUUGUACUUGCAGUGCUUUUACAUUUCCAUACAAUGCAUCUCAGCAACUACUUCUCUGUAACCCCUCAGAAAAAUCCUCCUGUUAUUUAUCCUUUCCUGUUAGGAGGCUUAUCCCUGGAAAGGAAUAAAGAGAGUCUCCGGAUUCUGAGACUACCAUGAUCAUCUUCAAUCCUCUUCAUUUUCCUCUGGCCAGCAAUGGUCCCGUGCAUUAUUCCAAGAACAAGAAGGGAGUCACAGGGCUGACAGGGGUGCUGUGAGCCCUAGUCCAGCCCCCUGUCCAAAGGCAGGAUGAGCUAUAGCUUUGUCUUUCCCAGCAGGCAUUUGUGUACUGAAUCCCCUCAGAACCUACAACACAAGAGAUCCUUCAAUCUACUUGAACAAAAAUUCCUGUGUUUCUCAGACCUUCCCAUAAAAGAGCUAUGCCUGUCUAAACCACUCUCUAACCUGCAUUAUACUAACCUAGAAGAGCAGAAAAUAUCAAAGGAAGACACUAGAAGAGCAGCAGAAAACGUUCCUUUCUGGGAAUUAAUGCCAGUCCAGCUACUUCAUUAGCUAUAAUUUGACGACUGACAGAAAAUGAUCGCAACAAAUGGAGCAAUGGAGCAACAGUUAAUCUUCAGGGUAACUAAAAAUGUAAUAUGAACAGAAGUACCUAAAGAAAUAGAGAAAUAACAAAUAACAACAAAGAAACCUGUUUAAGACAGUUAAGGCAAGAGCUCAAAAGUAUCAGAAAACUAAGCAGUGCUAGGAGUGUAGUGUUUCACUCUGCUAGCAUAUUAGGUAACUUGAACUUUGCCUUGACAGAUUCAUACACAGAAGAAUGAAUCUUAAGGGGACUUGUGGCUUUAGCACACACCCCUGUGCCUAAAGGACACAAUUUAUUGUGCUCCAGGAUUGUAAUUUCCCAUUUACUAUAUUAAUUCUGAUUCAAAAUUGCCAGUAUUCCUGAAAGAGAAAUACACAGUUGUGUCUUGCUGCUUGAAAACCAUCUCCCUUCUGUUCUGGGAGAUGACUGAAUGCUACUUUGAUUUAGAACUGUUGCAUCUUGCUGCUCCUACCUGCAUACUUUCCACUCAUAUUCCACAACAUUUUUCCUCCAACUGUGCUAUGCCUAGUGACAAAAAUAAGAAUGCAGAGAACAGCCCACCACUGCAAGAAAGGGAACAGCAUCUGCCCAGUUCUGCUCUGCAGUUUGCUUUAGGUGACAACAUGAGGAACAGGCUCAGGAGCUGGGUUUUGAAGUGACUGUGUGGAGAGCAGCCACUUCCUCAGCAGAAACCAGGAACGCAAACCAGACACUUAUUUGGGAAGUUUUCUUGCCCCAACAUUAAGCAAGUAAAACCAGACUCCAUGGCUUUCUUCCCUUCAGGCAAAAUCUGUGCAGGUCUAACCCUCUUGUGCUCAGGGCUUGAAUGAAGACCGUGUUUUUAAUUUCUAUUUCCUCCAAGAAAAAGAUAUGAGAAAAUUCAAACCGGAAAAGAAAUAAACUCAUGAGUAUCUUAUGACUGAUAUGAAACUGCCUUCAGAGCUUCCUAAAUACCAGAGAAGCCUAGAGUCUGAUUGGGUUGAUACGUAAGUAUACGUUAGUAGUAAUAACUACAUGCUUGUUACAAAACAGUAUUAUAAGUAUUUGUGCUUGCAUACUAUGCAAAUACUUGCCCACCCACACACCAUAUCAACCUAAAUGUGAAGGAAGAUUUUUUUUUUCCAGGAAAAUAACCCCAGAAUCAUACUACUUAUAAUUAGGUUGCUCUGUCCCUGCUGCCUAUGCCUUGCUGAAGCAAUUGAUACAAGGCAAGGACCAGUCUUCCUCAGAGUCACUGAUAAAAAUGAGGAGUAAUGAGAAGUCCCGGGCUAAACUGAGCUGACACAUCAGUGUCUUGUGGAAAGCCUGCCUGGAGAAAACUUGUCCAGCUUUCCUGUAAACACAUCUGCAGAAUGCAAGGUUUUGAAAGAAGACUAUGCGAACAGGGAUAGCUUCUCUGUUUUACUCCUUGUGCCGCAAAUGCCUUCCCCACUUACAGUAGAAAUAUCAGGAAUCCCCAGGAGAGGAACAGGGCUCUCAUAUUUCCAUCAAGAAAACCUAAGGAGGUGCAGAUGAUGCAUGGGGAGCCCCUAACUGCAGUGUCUCUGCAGAAAGCAUAGCAUCCCAGGUGUACCAGAAUUAGUCUGCACAUGCUGUGUGGUUGAUAUGAAUGCACACAAUCUGUGCCGCAUCACUGCAACAACUUCAGAGUGCUCAGCUGCAGCAUACCCAGUGUACACACUUGGCACAGUCGUGCGAUGCAUGCACCGUGCCUGCUCUUCUAGGAUGUCAUGCAAAUGAAAGCAAGCUGCUGUUUGUCCAAGCUGUUGGAUAUUCAACAAACUCUGGAACAAAUGGCUAAGUUCCUCUUCUCCAUUAAGGACAAAAUUGCCAGUUGAGGAAGAAAAACAAGUAGGGAAAGCUCCCUGGAAGGGAUCUUUAAGACAGAAGUCUUCAGAAGUACAGAACUGGAGCAGGCAAAGGGAAUUGCUUUACCUCCAGUCUUGAACUGCUGCCUUAUGUCACAACUGUCCAAACAGGGAUAAGGAAAAAUUCAAGAUUCCACAAAAGGUCCCCUAAUUGCACUAACUGGUUGCAACAGACAGGAAUGUGACUCAUCAUGAGCAAAAAUUAUGCUGCCACUGGGAGUGGCAAUGGCUUUAUAUCCCAUUGCUCCAGAGACCCUGUCAUCAAGCUCAACAGUCAACUUGACACCAUCAGUCCUGAGGAGAAGGCAAUCGCAGCUCCACAAUGUGCUCUCUCAGCGCAGCCAAUGCCAAGUUCUGUCUUGACUUUUUUAGAGAGCUGAGCAAAAGAAAAAGAAAUGAAAACAUCUUCUUCUCCCCGCUAAGUCUUUCAGCUGCCUUUGGGAUGGUUGUCCUCGGAGCCAGGGGCAACACACUCAAACAGAUUGAGAAGGUAUUUCAUUUCAGUGAAGUUUUGAGCAGUACAAGCCAGGGAAACAGAUACCCUUCUGAGAAGUGCGAAGAAGCUGGAGGAGUCCAUUCCCAGUUCCAGACUCUGUUGACUGCAGUCAAUGAACCCAGACCAGGCUGCUCUCUCACCAUUGCCAACAGGCUUUUUGGAGAAAUUACUUAUCCAUUCUUCCAGCAAUACUUGGAUUCCACAAAGAAAUUUUAUCGAGCAGAACUGGAACCAGUUAAUUUUAAAUACACUGAAGAAGAAGCCAGAGAGAAGAUUAACUUCUGGGUGGAAAAUGAGACAAAAGGUAAAAUCAAAGACCUAUUUUCUGCUGGGUUUAUUGAUCCCUCUACUGUGCUUGUCCUGGUCAAUGCUAUAUAUUUUAAAGGAAAGUGGGCAGUAGAAUUUAAGAAAGAAGACACUAAGGAAACAUAUUUCCAACUGAACAAGAAUGAGAGAAGGACAGUGCAGAUGAUGUUUCAAGAAGGUUAUUUUAACAUGGCCAUCAUAGAGGAACUGAAAAUGAAAGUGAUAGAGCUCCCAUACUUUAAUAAUGAACUGAGCAUGUUCAUUCUUCUUCCUGAAGUUGUCUGUGAGGACUUUACUGGCCUAGAACAGCUUGAAUGCACCCUCACGUAUGAAAAGCUAGCAGGAUGGACCAGCUCGGCUAGGAUGCAACAGCUGAGAGUGAAGGUGUACCUGCCUCAGUUCAAGAUGGAGGAAAGUUAUGUUCUCAACAAAACUCUCCAGGAGAUGGGAGUGAUGAAUGUUUUUGACUGGGGAAAAGCUGAUUUGUCAGGAAUCUCUACGAAAGAUGGUUUGGUUGUGUCCAAGGCCAUUCAGAAGUCAUUUGUGGAAGUCAAUGAAGAGGGCACGGAAGCAGCUGGUGCCAUGGGGCUUGUUGCAAUACCUCUGUGUCUCCCAAUUUCUUAUGAGUUCAAAGCUGACCAUCCAUUCCUCUUCUUCAUCAGACACAACCCAACCAACACUAUUCUCUUCUUUGGAAGAUAUUCCUCCCCUUAAGUGGAGGUUAUUUUGGAAAUUAGAUCUUUGUCCCCACUAACAUCCCCAUUGGCAAACAGCGAGGACAAAAGACGAGCACGUUUUCCCUAGGCUUUAUCCUAAUGUGUUAAUUUGGUGUAAAAAGACUAUCUAAUAAGAGCCAAACUAGAGAUAAAAACCUAAAAGACGUUAACCAUUUCCUUUCUAACGUCGACUUCAGGCAUGUUUUACUUUUAGGAGGCCUCACUAAAAUGACAUCUACCUUAAAAUACACUGUAUGAUAUUUCCCAAAGAGCUGUAGGCCUCUAGAGACAUCUGCAGAGAAAAUCUUACUUUGAGCCUUUCCUAAUGUACUAUGUCUCCAGCGAACCCAUGAUUUUAGUGCCGUAAAGAUGAGUGAUACAUUCUUCCACAUCAAGGAGACAGGAGGAUAGGGAGCUGCAUUAAAAGGAUAAACUCGGGUACUCAGUCUCUUAACUUUACCUACCCAACCUCUGUACAGGUGCCACUUUGUAUGGGAGUAGCAAAGUAUUCCUGUGGGACUCCUCCUUUAAACAUUGAUUGGGGGUAAUGGUUCAACCUGGAACACUCGGGGUUUGUUCUCAGAGACCAGAGAAAGCAGAAGACUUUUCUGGUGUAAUUUUGCUUGUUCUCAAGCAGGGCAGACCCAUUGCUUAUUUUUUUCUGUGAGAAACCCUGUAUGUGCUAGAAAGUUCUCCAACUUCUUCUUAAACUUCCACAGAACAAAAAUAGGGUUUCAGAAUAAUGGAAGGCCUUUUCUGACAAGGCCUGCUCUGUGAUUAGAUGCUUAAUUCCCACAUAAAACUUUAAGCAGUGAUAAGCCAUUCUCACUUCUAAACACCAGCUCUCUUUGUGCCUCAGAUACCAUGAGUUUCUUGCUCCAUCUGUUUUAUUCCUCAUUAGCAUAAAAAACUAGUAAAACAUCUAUAGUGAUGGUAUUUAGGUGGGUAGCCUGUAUUUGUUCCAUUUAUCAUAAUAAAACCACUGCAAACUAAAUAUUAAAUGUAGUAGUCUGCAGAAUUAAGUGGACAGAGGAGUAGUCUAAUAUACCAAGUAAAGACAAUGGUAAUCCUUUCAAAAAUGUAAGUGACAUUUUUGUCUACCUCCCAUUUUUAAAUAUUCAUCAUGCUAAAUUUAGGCAC